AGGAAACCAAAACAAAACUCCAAUUAGCAUAGGCCCUAAUCUUUUGUGUGGGGUAUAAAAACCUGAAACGCCCCUCUCGACACUACCAGAUUCAGACCAAACAUGCAAAUCUCAUACGUCAUUGCUCUGGCCUUCGUGACCCUCGUGGCGGCUGAUGUCAGCCACCUCAAGCUCGGUCUCUCUGCAGAUGGCGCCUAUGGACUGACCUCAUCCUCCUCAUCCUCAUCUUACUCCGCCUCGGUGGUGCCGGGAGGCGAUUCGAGCAGCUAUCAGCCUGAAGAGCUGAUCCCUGCCCAUCUAAAGGUGGCCUCCAUUGCGACUCAAUCGUCCGGUUCUGCGGUGAUUCCUGGUGGAGAUUCGAGCUCCUACCAAUCGGCGGAAUAUACUUCGGCUCACCUCAAGGUAGCCUCCACUCAGGUAGAAUCUUCCACUGAUGAGGUGAUCCCUGGUGGAGAUUCGAGCUCCUACCAGCCCGCUGAAUAUACUCCCGCUCAUCUGAAAGUAGCCUCCGCUCAGGUGGAAUCUUCCGCUGAUGAGGUGAUCCCUGGUGGAGAUUCGAGCUCCUACCAGCCCGCUGAAUAUACUCCCGCUCAUCUGAAAGUAGCCUCCGCUCAGGUGGAAUCUUCCUCUGAUGAGGUGAUCCCUGGUGGAGAUUCGAGCUCCUACCAGCCCGCUGAAUACACUCCUGCUCACUUGAAGGUUGCUUCAGUCCAGGUGGAGUCCUCUGUUGCUCAGGCAAUCCCCAGCAUCGGAGCCGACACCUACACCCCCGAGCAAUUCAUCCCAGAGGCAGAUCGUGAGGCUCACUACAAGUAUGUCCAGGAACAGCAGCAGGCGACCAUCAUUCCUGGUGGAGACUCGAGCUCCUACCAGCCCGCUGAAUACACUCCUGCUCACUUGAAGGUUGCUUCAGUACAGGUGGAGUCCUCUGUUGCUCAGGCAAUCCCCAGCAUCGGAGCCGACACCUACACCCCCGAGCAAUUCAUCCCAGAAGCAGAUCGUGAGGCUCACUACAAGUAUGUCCAGGAACAGCAGCAGGCGACCAUCAUUCCUGGUGGAGACUCGAGCUCCUACCAGCCCGCUGAAUACACUCCCGCCCACCUGAAGGUUGCCCUGGUGGCUCCAGCGGCUGCUGAAGUGGCUCCCGGAAGUGACGAGAGCUCCUACCAGCCCGCUGAAUACACUCCCGCUCAUCUCAAAGUAGCCUCCGCCCAGGUGGAAUCCUCUAGUGCUGCUGAAGUGGCUCCCGGAAGUGAUGAGAGCUCCUACCAGCCCGCUGAAUACACUCCUGCUCACUUGAAGGUUGCUUCAGUCCAGGUGGAGUCCUCUGUUGCUCAGGCAAUCCCCAGCAUCGGAGCCGACACCUACACCCCCGAGCAAUUCAUCCCAGAGGCAGAUCGUGAGGCUCACUACAAGUAUGUCCAGGAACAGCAGCAGGCGACCAUCAUUCCUGGUGGAGACUCGAGCUCCUACCAGCCCGCUGAAUACACUCCCGCCCACCUGAAGGUUGCCCUGGUGGCUCCAGCGGCUGCUGAUGUUGCUCCCGGAAGUGACGAGAGCUCUUACCAGCCCGCUGAGUACACUCCUGAGCAGCUGAAGACCUCUGCUGGGGUCCAGACAGUGGCUGCUGUCCAGGCUACUCCUGCUGUCCAGUACAGCUACACCCAGACUCUGGCAACCGCGGUGCAGGCACCUGCUGCCGUCGCCACCAGAGUUGGAUCCUCAGUGGCUGCCUCGAAUGCCGGCAGCUAUCGGCCAGCUGAUGUGAUUCCCGCCUACGUCCAGGGUCAAGCUAUCUUCAGCAAACAGCUUGUGGCUCCACUCCGUGAGUCCGUCGUGUAUGCCAAUGCCCAGGGUCAGGCUGUGAUCAGCAAUCAGCUUGUGACUCCAUUCCAAGGGGAGUCCGUAAACGGUUAUGGCCAGGGAGAGCCCAAGCCUGCCCCAUUGUACCAGGAGCCCGUGUCGAACGGCAUCGAGGAGUUCAAUGUCGAGACCCAUGUGCCCGUGGCCAUUGGUGGCAACACCGUCACGCCCGCUCACCUGCAGGCAGCCUACUCAUCCGUUGCGUCCUCCUCCUCCGCAUACUCCUCUGCUUCCUCCUCGACUGGUCAUGACACUCAGUAUGCAACCAACGGCGGCUAUGUCUACUAAGCUUAGUCUUUAAGAGUUCCAAAAUAAAUAUUAAUAAAUAAUCUCAUCAUCAACCGAA